UUGAGGUAAAUUGUGUUGGUGAUUUUUUGUUGAAUUGAGAAAAAUGAAGACCAAAAUACAUCAUCAUUACUGAAACGAUAUUGGAAAGCAUUAUCAAAGAGCAAUGAUUAUAUAUUUAACUAGCUGUAACACUUGAAAUGCCAUGUCAUAAAUGGUGUUUGGUUUUGUAAAGCUUUGUCGAGUUAUUUGUUAUUGUGUCCGGAUACUCGUUUGUCCGAUUUGUGUAGCAUGCCCGAAGAGUCUUCUCAAAAACCCGAGGGCAAAAAAAAUAGUGAAAUGAGUGAUCAGUACCAAGGAGAAACCUUAACAGAAAACUAUCCAGAAGUUAGUCCUGCACAGUCUCCAUGCAAUGGCCUCCUUCCAUCUGGAUCUGUUCAUCGACCACAUAGACAGUCCAUUAGACGUGGCUCACCUUCCAAAAUUAACCAGAACAACAACAACAAACUGGGUACUACAGAUGUUGCUGUUUCACCAGUACUCCAGCAAGAAUCAAGGGAAUCCCCUGGUUUAGGUGAUGAAGCAGCAGACGCUGUGGAGAAAGUGAAGUUUGUAAAGGAGUAUGCAUGGGUGAAGAAUGAAAUGUCCAGACCUGGAGCCCGCUCUGUAGCUGGUCACCUGUACCAGAAGAAACCCAUAAUGCUUUCCAGGCUAGACUAUGAGACCAUAUGCCACUGCAAAUGGAGACGUGAGGCUGUGGAAAAACUGCUGAAGAAGGUCCUUAUGGGGUCAGUGGAUUUAAAGAAGGCCUUUCUGGCUGCGCUACACAAGGAAGGUGAAAAACAUAUAGCUGAGAAACUGCAGACAUGUUGUGUGACUGAAACAGAAGUUGAAGUUUUUACAAAGUUGGAGAGAUCAGCUCUAGAGCUCUGUGAUAGACCAAAUAACAACGAGCCUCCGCUCAAACUCUCAGAAAGCGACACUCAGACACUUCUCUUCCAUCUAUACGAAAAAAACUUCAUUGAUAUCCUGAAUGACAGUUUCCUGUCCAUGUUCUACUUUAGUAUUCGUGAUCAUAACAAGGUCUUAAACACGUCCAUGGAUGACGAAAACAGGGCAAAAACACUGAUAAACACCAUGAAGCAAUGCCCUGAUAGGAUAUUUCAGGACUUAUGUAAAGUGUGUGUACAGCAUGAGUAUCCAGAGGUGGUGCAGAAACUAGAGCGGCGAGCGAGUAGGCCAGAUUGCAGGCAGCGUCAGAAGAGAGCCAUUAUACAUGCAGACAAUCAGAACGAUGGAGAGGGUCCCUCUUCAUCCAAGACAGUCAAGCUUCUGUCAUCCGCAGAUGAGCAUAGACUGGUGUCGACGUUACAGAAAUCAUCUUCAGAUGUUCAGCAUGCUUUAGAUGAAUAUGGUUUCAAGCUGGAGACUGUCAAUAACGGCUCAAUAGUGCUUCAACUACGCCCACAGCAGCCAGAUUCGUUCCAGAAGCUGAAGGAGAACUGUCGGUCCGGGAAGAUCAAGGACUUUAUACCGGUAGUGUACAGCAGGGAGGGGGUGCCUCUCCAGGAGGGAGAGUACAGGCUCAAAUUCUUCAUCUACCUGCUGCCCACUGCAACAGAUAGCCUUGAAGACAAGAAAGUGAUGUUUCAUUUAGAGACAGAUCCAGAGAAAUCCACUGGUACAGAAAAGAAGCGCCCUGUCCAAUCUCACCAUGACAACCCAAUUGAGGAGCACAUGAAACUCCUUUGCGAAGAGCUGGAAAUCUCCAAACCCCUGCUGGCUCAUUUGAAGGCAGAGAAACUUGUUGAUGGCAACAUCAAGGAUGAAGUAGACAAGAAAAAAUCAAGAGUCGAGAAGAUCAGAUUUGUUUUAAAAGAGCUGAGCAAACAUGGAGAGAAAGGAUAUUCAGCCUUGAAAGACUUUGUCAAAGAAGACAAUGAAGACUUGUACAAGGAACUUAUUACCAGGGAUAAGGUAAAGGUCAUUGACAGCAAGCUGGAUACCAUGGCAAAGGUCACCAAACACCCUUCAACUACCAGUGAAAAUAAGAGGGCUCAGAAGGAGGUGUUCUACUCUGGAACUGUUAUCCUGUUAGUAAAAAAGAAAGCCGCAGUGUCCAAGGGAGACAACAUUGAAACUGACUGUACAACUUCAGACAUAGAAAUUACCUGUCCAGAGAUUAUUGAUCCCCAGUGUUUUUUCACAGAAUCUGUGUCUAAGUGUGACAGUGUCAGCAACCAGACUGGUGUUACUAUGGUAAUAGAAGAGGACUGGAGUCUGGUCGGCGAAAAGUCAACCUCAAAAAGGGAAAUCUUGACUGGAAAGCGGAAACUAUCAGAGAAGCUUGACACUGGCAAGAAGAGGCAGCUGUCCCCAGACGAAGAUGUGGGGGUUGAAGCAAGCUCUCGGAAGGUGAAGAAUACUGACUAUGAAAGAAUUUUAGACAGCCUGGUUGGAGACUACAUAAGACUUUGACAGUUGGCGGGAAACCAUCAUCAACUGGAGAGAUGCCGUAACUAAGAAAUCAGACAAUGAAGACUUGGUCACAGCCAACAGCGGGAAAACAAAAGAGGCCAAAUCACCUGAAAAGUCUUGAUUCCUGGGACGAGGCGUUUCUCAUCUGGAUAGUUCUUAAUGACCUUGUUCACCACUCUGUUCAAGCAAUUAAACAAUUGUGUCUUGUUCUGAGAAAACUGGGUUUAAUGCAUGUGCGUAAAGUGUCGUCCCAGAUUAGCCUGUGCUCAAGCUAAUCAGGGACGACACUUUCCGCUUUUACUAGAUUUUCGGUAAAAAGGGGUUUCCUUUAAACGAAAAUAACCAUUAAAUCGGAAAGUGUCGUCCCUGAUUAGACUGUGCAGACUGCACAGGCUAAUCUGGGACGACACUUUAUGCAAGAAUGCGACUCAAUUAUGUAUUUAAUUUUACAAAAAAAAUACACAAAUACAUGUUUGGAAGUCAGUUGGCUUGGUCUACCCAUGUUGCCCAUUCAUAAUAUUUAUGAAACUCAAUAUGCCAUGAUUUUAAGGGUUAAAGAACACCAAAAGUGUUGUAAUAAUUGUGAGUAAUAUAUUAAUAUCUUCUUCAAGAUGAAGUGCUGCGUUUUGAAUUCCAUGUAAGAAUCAAGUUUAUGUUGUUCUAAAAAGGAGACAGUUUCAAUAAUAAUCUUCGGUCUAAGAAUUUGUUGGUGAAUAUGGCAUGCUUGAAACAGUAUUGAAUGUAUCUAAGUGCUCUUUAAGUAUUUUUUUUUCUUUCUUGAAAGCAUUGUAAAAAUGGUUUAAGUGAUCACAGCGAUGUUUUUUUCUUGUGUAGUUAAAUGGGCUUGGUACUUUUCAUAUAUUUCAUUCACCGGUACUAUGUGUAGUCUUAAAUUUUGUACUUUGGUAUAUCGGAAACAAAUCAAGUCCUCAUGGAAUAUCAGCACAGUCGACUAGAUGCUCAAAGUUCAGGUGUUAAAAUGAUUAACAUAUUUAACAUUUAUAAUCAACUGUGUUAUUGCCUCACAAUGUUUUGAUAUUGUAUUCUCCGAUUUCAUCAACCAUUCUACAUGUAUCCAUGAUUGUGAAAAAUUGUUGUAGGCAAAUUCAUGCUUUACUUCUAAGUGUACAUGAUCUGAUCUCAAUGUUUUUGUGUUCAUAACUGAAAGAAUUGUUUUUAGAUUCUAGGUCUCUUAAUGCUUUAAAUUUUAAACGUUGUUUGGUUUGCGCCAGUGUUUGUGUACUUGUUUCAAUGAUUUGUUUGAUUUUAAUUGCAAAGUAUUGAAUAUGUACGACAGUUCUAAAGUUAAUUCACUUAUGUUGUAGAAUAGAUUCAUCAUACAAUGUUAUGACACUCUUGUUUUUGUAAAUGUAUUUUGUAUAAGAAUAUAACCUUUGUUUUGUAUCUAUUUAGAUGAUUUUAGUCAAUUUGUGUAACUGUUUGGGCAUUUCAGGCCCAGGUUUUAUAUUUCACCAUUAUACAUGUUUCUUUAAUGAUUGCAGUUGGAAUUCAACAUGUCAUCCAAGUACAUGUAUAUUAGUGUAUGCUGUUGUAGGUUUUGUCUGUGUUCAAUUGUUGUCUUAAUAAUGGCACAUUGAUGCAUUCUUAUUUAUUCAGCAUCUUGAUAUGGCAGUCUCUGGCUUAUGGGUGGGCAAUAAUUUUGUAGUAAGUACAUUAUCUAAGGGCAUUUCAAGCAAAAACAACAGAACAGACAGUUUAUUAAGACGUAUACAUAAGUACAUCGUCUUUAAUGCAUAUAAUUAUAAAUAAAGUAAUGUCAUGUAUCAGUUUACUAUAGUAGGUAACCAAAUCAAUAUAUAUAUAUAUAUAUAUAUAUAUAUAUAUAUAUAUAUAUAUGUAUACAGUCAAAAAACUAAGAACAGAGGUCAGUCAAGGAAAAUGGCCAAAGUGACCAUUGUCGACAAGUGGCCGCUAUUCUCGGAUCACCACUUUUUAGAUGGUUGGUCAGUUGGUAGUAUUGCCACAUCGUUAUCCCACCCAGUCGUUUACACAGUUCAAAAACAACACUUCUCUAGCUAACAUAUAGUGUUUUUGUUAUUUUACUCUUCAUAUCCAUGAAGAGUCGUAGGUAAAUACUACGUGACCCAUCAAUACAUAAAAAUCACUGUUUGUGAAAAAGCUGUAUGAAUCACCUUUCAAAGUAUGUUAUAAGUACAUGUAUGUACUGGAGCACACUUUGCAAAACCAGUCUAACAUGGGACAAAUCUGAAUUGCAGUUUAACUUUGUCAGACCAUGUCUGAUAACACAUUGGAAAACUAAACAUACAUGAAAGAUUCAUGAAAAAUUGAUUAAAACCCUGAAAACAUUCCAUUUUAAUAAUACAAAAAGGUUUUACUGGAACUUAGAAUGUUAGGCUAAGUCUACUUUUAAAUCCAGGUCUUCAUUGAUACAGAUGGACUAUUGGGGUUGUGAGGAUGUUGUUUAUGAUGAUACAAACAUAAACUUUAGUCUCCACUGCAUGUGUUGUAAUAAAAGUAUGCCAGAUAAAUGAAGGGCAAGCAAGAUUUGUGCACAUGUAUGUUAGAAAUGUGCUUGGACUGGUGACUGGUAAACACAAGUUGGUCAACUCACGAACAGGUCCACUGUCUCUGUUAUUGUCUCUUCCCUCUUUUAAUUAAAGGUGUGCGUUUUUUAUGUGCUUUCUAUUUCAAGAAUUCAGGGAAUGCUUUCAGUAGUCUACUUUUGUAGAUGUCUUUUCCAAAUGUAUACCUCAGAUUAAGAUGUCACUUUAAAUAUCCUUUAAUUUUGUUAACAGUGUUCUUCACAUAAAGGCACUAAUCAACCAUAAUGCGUUUUCAUUUAUUCAAAGUACAAUAAGGGAGGUGCAGCAGAUAUAAACUGUUUAUCUGAACCUUAUACUAAAAAAGUUAUUCUUUCAGUUUUGGCUGGCACCUAGGUCUAACAUUUCUCAGUGUGUUGUUAAACAUUAUUGGUGUACAUGUAACUGAUCAUAUUUCAUGUAAGGAUCUAGUGUGAAGCAACAAAGUUCUGCCUGAAAUUAAAUUCUAUUGCCAUGCAUAUAAAAGGUCAAAUACCAUAAAACAUGUGAUGUGACUAUGUAUGUGUUUGAAAUAACUUGACAAUGAGUGGAGGGAUUUUUUAAUUACUUAGUUCUUUUAGCACUGUUUUUUUAUGAGUUGUGUUGUGUACAUUAACAUGGGUACUUAAGUCAUUUAGAUGUCACGUCCCAACACUGGCACUGCUUCUCUUGGCAAAUACAUUGGCAUAGAUUAAGAGACUUGAAAUAACCUGGGCUGAAAUGUUAGCCUCAUGGUCAAAUAUUUAAUUAUUUCAACCUAAUUAUGGCACCUUUGCUUGUCCUUUCGUUUUCUUAGCAAUUGAUGAAGCAGAUUGUUAAAGAAAAUGCCAAACAUCAGUAUUUUUGAUUCAAUGUAAUUGCAUGACAUACAUAUAAACAAAGCUCUCAACAUGCAAACAGUCAAGUGGGCAUUUUUUUUAGCCUGUAGCUUAUUUUAUUUGACAUGCAUAGUUAAUAUGUUUGGAUUGAGUUAUACUUCUUUGUAUAGUUUGGCUAGUUACAUUAAUGAAAUAACCGUCCAUAAUGCAACUCUUUAUUUUCAGUAUUAACUCCAUGUUUCUGAAGAAUUAAAGGACGUACGAAUAGUUAACAAUAUAAGCCUCUUGCAAGAGCAGUUUGAUAUUAUUUCGAAUCAAUGCUUAGUAUGCGUGCACUUUAGUAUAACGUGUUUUUAUGCCCCCCGAAGGAGGGCAUAUAGUGAUCACACUGUCUGUCUGUCCGUCCGUCUGUCACUUUGCGUUUAGGUUUCGAAAAAUGCUCAUAACUUCUAUGUCUCUUCAGAUGUAACAUUCAUAUUUGGUAUGCAUGUGUAUAUGGACAAGGCCUUUCAUUACGCACAUGCUCAUAACUUCUAUCAAAGCGUUUAUAUGUUAUCCUAUGGAGACAGCUCUUGUUGUGUGAUUUGUUUGGUGGCUCAGGUUUGGAGAUGCACUAUGGGUAUAAGAGCUUUGAUAAGACUAACAGGUUUCAUGUGUUUGAAUAAGUCCAUGUAGGGGACAUAACGAAAUACCUUAUCAAUACCAUGAAUUAUAACAUAUACAAGUUACAUGUGAAUUUUGUUAGUGAAUUUCUUUACUAUUUUGUUUUCGAUCAUAACGAUUUACUGGUUGGAUACAGUUAUUCAACUUUUGUUCUUAAUUGUUUGUUCAAUUGUUCAUGUUUGUGUUUUGAAAGCUUUUAGUGUAAACUGUGUUACGUUCUUUUUUCUACGCAAUAUUGUGAUUCUGUGUGAAUAAAUAAAAACACUUG